UCUCUUUCUAAAUCGAUAGGAAUCAUGCCUGCCAAAGCAAAAGAGGUGGUGUUGUAAUAAAGAAUGGAGAAAAAGAAAAGAAGCACAUUGCCAACCCAUCUUUCAGUCACAAAAUUGAAGGCAAAGAAAGGCUCUUCUUCCCUCUCGCCACCCCUGAAAUGAAACUUCCUUCUCCUCCUUCUCUAGCUUCUCCACGGACUUCAAUUUGCUUUGUUCAUGCAAGAUCCAAAGAACUCACACACAAGGAAGCCUUGGUAUCAAAAAGCAAUAGAGAUGGCUACUCAAUGGAAAACAAUUUCCAAGUCUACAGAAAUAUCGACGACGACGACAAACCCUGGACUGUGGAAGGCCAUUUCCAAGUCUAAGGAAGUUCCAAACAAGAACAGAACAUUGUGGAAAACUAUUUCAAGAUCCACGGAAAUCCCACCAACAAACCCUAAUAGAGCAAAGCUAAGGAAAUGCAGCUCUGUUAGGGUCGCGACGACAUUUACUCGUGUUUGUCUUUGCGCACCUAUCUCUUCAUACAAUGAGGUUUUCCGAGCUGACGUUCCUCCUAGAAGAAGCAAUAGCUAUCCUAGGUCGAAGCCAUUUCCUGCCGUGCAAGAAAGAGUACCUAGUGCGAGACCUAGCAUGGAAGGAAGAAGAGUGAUUUUUCGAGGAAAAUCGUUGACCGAUGAUGUUUUGAUGAGGAGAUUUGUCUUGGAAGAAGAAGCGAUGAUGCAAACUAAAAGGAGGAAUCAAAUGGAAGUUAUUUGGAGAAGGACUAUGUUGCGAAGGAAAAAGCUUGGACCAAGUCCUCUUAGUAGAAUGGUAAUGGCUACUAUAGAAGAAUUUUAAUUUAAUUGAGAAUAAUUUGCUUCUGUCAAAACAACAAAUCCUGAAAUUUCCCCUUUGAUUUUCAUUUUUAUCUUCCAUUUUUUCCAAUGGGAUAGGUGGUUUGUACUUUUCAAAGGAAAUUGAUCUCUGCCAUUUGUAUUA